GAAAAGUGGAAAUUGUGUCAGGUGACUGGUUUCCCGCGUUGUCACGUGACUCGUUCAUGUAAACAUGGCGUCCAGGCAAAACAAGGCGUUUGCAGUUCUUAGUUUUAACACUGUUUUAGUGGGUUUAUUCGGUUUGUGUUUUAUGUGUGCGUCUGUUCGAGCUGAAAUACGAACUGCAGUUAUUGACAAACAAACUGGACAGCUGUCUUUUUUUGAGGGAUAUCGAGAAGAUUUUGUGGCUUGGGCAAACUUCACUGAUGACAUUAACACAUCAGGAUGGUCUUUCUUGGAGAUCACUACCAGCAGUCAGUACAAUGACAGUAUGCAGGCUUAUGCUGCCGGUGCAGUGGAGGGUGCUGUCACAUCUCAGUUACUGUAUAAGCACUGGAUGAACACUCUGAUGGGUUACUGUGGGCCCUUCACGUCUGAAACGGCUUACUGCGAGCGCCUUAAAGCUUUCAUCACAACUAAUCUGCAGUGGGUUCAGGAUCAAACGGAGAAGCAGCCCAGUUCACCCUACUGGUACCAGGUGCGUCUGGCACUACUGCAGCUCAAAGGUCUGGAGGACGGCUUCAAUGACGAGCUGUCAUUUCCAUUAGGGUCGUUGUCCUUCAACCCAUUUGGCUUCCUACUUUUCCAAAUGGGCGGGGAUCUGGAGGACUUGGAAUCGGCUCUGAACAAAUCCAGCCAAACUCAACCUCUUGGAUCUGGCUCCUGUUCUGCUCUCAUUAAGCUGCUGCCAAACAACAAGGAGCUGCUGGUGUCACAUGACACCUGGAACACCUACCAGGCCAUGUUGCGCAUCAUGAAGAAAUACAUGUUUGCCUUUAGAGUUUCUCCUUCAGACGAGGAUCUUCUUCCUGGAGGAACUCAGGCGUUCUCCUCUUAUCCUGGUUCAAUCUUCUCUGGAGAUGACUUUUAUAUCCUAAGUAGUGGCUUGGUUACCUUGGAAACCACCAUUGGCAACAGUAACCCCGCUCUCUGGAAGUUUGUGCAGCCGACAGGGUCCGUCAUGGAGUGGCUGAGGAACAUUGUGGCUAAUCGACUGGCUGCUACAGGCAAAGAGUGGGCUGAGAUAUUCAGCAAGUACAACAGUGGAACGUAUAACAACCAGUGGAUGAUUGUGGACUAUAACCGCUUCACUCCAGGAAAGACUGACAUUAAAGAAGAGCUCUUUGUUGUGCUGGAGCAGAUUCCGGGACUAGUUGUUAUCGAAGAUAAAACUCAGGAACUGCUGCAGAAAGGGUACUGGGCAAGUUACAACAUACCGUACUACGAAGAAAUAUUCAAUGCAAGUGGCUGCAAUGAGCUGGUUGAGAAGUACGGCCCGUGGUUCUCUCUGGACCAGAAUCCUCGGGCUCAGAUAUUCAGGAGAAACCAGACAGCUGUCACAGAUGUGGACUCAAUGGUCCGCCUCAUGAGGUAUAAUAACUUUAAGAAAGACCCAUUGUCAAAGUGUGAAGGCUGUAAUCCACCUGCGAAUGGAGAGAAUGCUAUUUCAGCACGUUCAGACCUGAACCCAGCUAAUGGGACAUAUCCGUUUGGCGCCUUAAGGCAGAGGUCACAUGGAGGAACAGACAUGAAGAUGACCUCCUAUGGGAUGUUUCGGGACUAUGGUAUGCUGGCAGUGAGUGGGCCAACAUGGGACCAGGUGCCACCCUUCCAGUGGAGCACCUCCCCUUACAAAGACCUGAUGCACAUGGGUCACCCUGAUACUUGGGCAUUCAAGCCUAUAAAAGUCACCUGGACUCCUUAAUUUGUAUUACGCUGAAUACACAAGUCGCAUGAUCAAUAAAAGUACUGGCAGCUGUUUGAAGCUUUGACAAAGGGAAAUGAUACUUUGAUUCAGUGUGACUUGACUAUGAAUACAAUAUUCAUGUUAUUGAGUCAAUAAUAUUCAGGAAAUACUGCAGUAUUACAGCAUUGCAUAAUUAAAGCACACAAGGUAAAAGAAAGCUUUACAUGUGAGGCAAUAUGAACAACAACUUCACAACCUUGCUGUUAUAAAGUGGAAGCUUCUACAUUUAGAUUAUAGCCUAUCUGAUUUCCAUGUUUUGUUAGCAAUCCUGAUGAUUGUAAAAUGGUUCCACAAGACUAAACUUUUCUUUGGAGAAAUCACUAAGUUCCAUUAUUGAUACAGAUGCAAAAGUUAUGUCAUUGUAAAGGCAAAUGUCUUGAUGAGUUUGUAUUUGUUUAAUAAUUCUGAUAUGAUGCAUUAGUUAUUAUUUAAAAAUAUAUUUUCCAAAUAAACUGCACAAAUCGUU